AUGCAAAAAGACAUCAAAAUUGAAGAUUUAACAACACCAUGUGUUUUAGUAUUAGACCCAGUAGUUAGAAACAAUUGUAUUAAAAUGAAUGAAAGAGCUCAUAGUUUGGGUGUUGAUGUAAGAGCUCAUAUGAAAACUCAUAAAACAGUGGAAAUAGGUAAAUAUCAAUUUGAAAAAAACCAAAAUAAAGAUCAGGUUAUAAAGAUUAUUGUAUCAACAUUAAGUGAAGCCAGGUUCUUUUCAAAAGAUUUUUCAAAUAUCCUAUAUGCAACACCAAUAUCACCAAACAAAGUUGAUGAGGCCUAUCAAAUUCAUUUAGAUAUCGAACGUUUAAAUAUAAUGUUUGAUAAUAUUGAACAUGUUAAUAGUAUGGUAGAGUUCUCAAAGACCAACCCAAAAUAUUCAAAGCGAUGGUCAGUUUUUUUAAAGAUCGACUGUGGUUAUCAUAGAGCUGGUGCAAGUCCAGAGUUACAAUCAACUACUGAUUUGGUUCAUUUAAUUACUAAAGGAGAAUUUAAAGACUAUUUCGAUUUUCAAGGUAUUUACUCUCACUCUGGCCAUUCAUAUAAAUGCAACACUCCAGAAGAAAUUAAAGAAUUAGCAAAAGAAGAAGCCCGUGUAACUGGUGACUAUGGAAAGAAAUUAAAAUCGCUUGGUUAUCAUGUAGAGAAUGUUUCUAUUGGCUCGACACCAGUUUGCUCUCAUUUACCUGACGAUUUAACAAGCUAUGGUGUUACUGAAAUUCAUCCAGGAAACUACACAUUUUAUGAUCUAAUGCAAAUGGAGUUAGGUAAUUGUUCAAUUGAUGAUGUUGGGGUUCAUGUUUUGGCAACCAUAGUCAGUGUUUACCCAGAAAGAAAUGAAAUACUUAUAGAUGCCGGGUCAUUAGCACUUUCAAGCGAUCCAGGUUGUACCCAUUUAAAAAAUCGUAAUAGCCCUAAUUUUGGAAUUGUUUAUGAUGAUACAAAUUUAAGAAUUGUUGCAGCAAGUCAAGAGGUAAGUAAAGUUCAAAGUUCAAAUGGUUCACCAAUUGAUUUUUCAAAAUACAAGAUUGGUUCAAAAAUUAGAAUAAUUCCAAACCACAGUUGUUUAACCGCCGCAAUGUUUUCAAAUUAUCAUGUUAUUAAUAAAGAUAAUAAUAUUUUUAAAACUUUUAAACCAAAUAAAUACUGGUAA